AUGGCGCUCCACAAGUUCUUGGUGAUGAUGACGGCAGCGGUGGCGAAAAUGCUCGUGUCCCUCGUGAUCGGUGUCCUCGUCGUGACGGUGGUGGCGCCCCGCUUCCCACGGUUCCUCGGACUGGUGGCGGUGGCGGUCUUAUGUCAGCUGGUGGCGCUGGCCAUCAAAUUCUUGGAGCGCUCGCUCAUCCUGAGUUGUUUUGCACUGCUGCUGCGCUCUCAGGUGAUGCGAAAGAUGAACUUUCCAGCGGCCGCGUGCAUUCCGAAGGCCCUGGGCUUCCUGAUUGCCGAGCUCUUCCUGAUGGACGUGAGCUUCCCGAUGACCGUGGCAUUCAUGAGCGUCGGGGACUUCCUGAUGCACGUGAUGCUCCUGCUGUUCAUGACGGCCUGCGGAGUUGGCCUGCGGGUGCUCCUGCUCUGCAGGGCCGUGAGCUUCCUGAGGGUCGUGAGCCCCAGGGGUUUCCAGAUGGUCGUGUGCCUCCUGAUGGCCGUGAGCUUUAUGAUGUCCGUGAGCUUCCUGGCGGUCGUGAGCCGUGCGACUAUGAUCUUGCGCCUCUUGAUGGUCGUUGGCUCCCUGGCGAGCGCGUGCUCCCUGCUGGUGCUGGUCGGACUGUUCAAGAUGGCCUUGGGCUUCCUGCUGGUCGUGAGCCUUAUGAUGGCCGCGCCCUUCCGGGAGGUCGCGUGCUACUUGAUGGUCGUUAGGUCGUUGACGGCCGUGAUCUUCCUGGUGGUCGUGAUCUUCCCGGCUGUCUUAUGCUUCGCUUUUGUGAGGGCCGUGGGCUUCAUGAUGGGCAUGCGCGUCCUGCUGGUAAUGAUCGGGAGUUUCCUGGCGGGCUCGUCUUCCCUGAUGAUUGUGUGCCUCCUGAUGGACGUGGGCUUCAUGCUGAUCAUGGGCCUCCGGACUUUCGUGAACUUCCUGGUGGUCGUGAGCUUUGCGAGGAUGGUGGUGCGCUUCCUCCUGGGCGCGAUGCGCGUCCAGCUGGCGCUGAUCGCGGGGUUCGCGAUGGUCACGAGCUUCCUGCUGAUCGUUAGCUCCCUGAUGGCCGUGAGCUUCCAGAGGGCUGGCCGCAUGCGCGAUGGUGUGAAGCGCCAACUCGAGUUCGCAGUGUCGACGCUGUCCUCGUUGAAGGCCGAGGCGCGCGGCGCCUCGCCGCAGGGCGCCGAGCAGGGGCUGUUCGGCGACGGCGGCGCGGAGGCGGGCGCCGUCGUGGAGGUGCUGGCGCAGCGGUCGGACGCGUCCAGCGCCAGCGCCGCCGUCGAGGGCACCGAGGACUCGACGCGCAGCAGUGCCCGAUUUGGUGUCGCGCCAGCAAGAAGGAGGUGGGCUUCAGGCUCAAGCCCGCGCGGAGCUCCAGAAGUUCAUGUCCGGUUCACUCUGCGGCGCUUGGUUCCUCGGGGCCAGCAGCGGUGCCGUGCGGCCUCCGCAGGGAAGGGCGUCCGCGAGGAGACCUGGGAGGCCUCGGGGUGCGCGUCGCCCGCCCGGAGGGGUGCCUCGCCGCCCGCGGUGGGCCCGGCGCGAGCGCUGUGA